CUAGUGUCGAGCGGGGGUACUGACAUUCACCGGAGACGGAAGCGUUUGUGUUGGUUAGCUUUAGCCGGCUUAGCGGUGCUACAAUCAUACGCGUACCGAAGACAAGAAGACAUCUCGCAAGAAACGUUUUGAAGAACAUAUAUGUCAUUUGGCGGAAGUCAAAACGGCGGCCGCCGCACCAGCAAAUGGGACCAGCCGGGUCCAGGUUCCGGUGGUGCGACCGAGGCUGCACCCACCGGGGCUCUGGAUGCCGCUGCUGCCGUGGCCGCCAAGAUUAACGCCAUGCUGAUCGCCAAGGGCAAACUCAAGCCGUCACAGAUAGGCACGCCCGGAUUCGUUGAUAAGGCACUGGCCACUGGGAAGCCUCUGGUGCCAGCAAAGACCAAAGAUGACCUGGUGGUGGCAGAAGUCGAGAUCAACGACGUCCCCAUCACCUGCCGGAAUCUCUUAACGCGAGGACAGACGCAGGACGAGAUCAGUAAAGUGAGCGGCGCCGCCGUGUCCACCAGAGGGCGCUACAUGUCGCCAGAGGAACGGAGCAAAGCGCCACCGGGGGAUCGGCCGCUGUAUCUGCACGUUCAAGGCCAGACCAGGGACAUCGUGGACCGGGCGGUCAACAAAAUCAAGGAGAUCAUCACCAAUGGAGUGGUCAAAGCGGCAACCGCAACGUCCUCGGCGUCCCCUUCCUUCUCCUCGUCCGGCGUGCCGUCCGUUACAGUUUAUCAGCAACCGCCUCCGCCCUCACUGCCCCCGAUGCCCCCCCACAAACCACACUUCCAGACCGGGAUGCAUUACGUUCAGGAUAAAAUCUUUGUGGGCCUGGAGCACGCCAUCCCGGGCUUCGCGGUCAAAGAGCGCGUGGAGGGUCCCGGCUGCUCGUACCUGCAGCACAUCCAGUCCGAAACCGGGGCCAAAGUCUUCCUCAGGGGAAAAGGCUCGGGCUGUCUGGAGCCCACGUCCGGACGAGAGGCGUUUGAGCCCAUGUACAUCUACAUCAGCCACCCCAAACCGGAAGGUCUCGCAGCUGCAAAAACACUUUGUCAAAACCUGCUUCAGACCGUUCACGCUGAGUAUUCCCGCUUCCUCACUCAAAUGAGCUCAGUGAUGCCAUCUCAGCAAGGCUUCACGCCGCCCCCGGUGGUGAACGGGAUGCCCCCGCAGCCCGCCUUCUACCCCCCAGCCGGGUUCCAGCCUGGCUUCCCGCUGCCCGUGCCCCCGCCUCAGCCCCACCCUCCACCACCGCCCUUCUCCGUCCCGCCUCCCAUGCCUCCCGUGCCACCCAAGGGUGUUCUCCCUCAGUACCCACCUGGGACAACUAUAAACAUCGCACCGCCUGUGGGUCCGGCGCCUGUUCCUGUCCCCGUUCCGCCCCCCGUUCCUGCCCCGGCUCCAGUGGCUCAGCCCCUCCCACCUCUCGUGUCCUUUCCUCAGCCGGCUGUGGCGCCGCCCAAAGCUCCGCCUCCCGCCAUCCCGACCAACCCACCUCAGAAGAGACGCUUCACAGAGGAAGUUCCGGACGAGAGCGACAGCGGCCUGCUCGGAUAUCAGCAUGGACCCAUUCAUAUGACUAAUUUAGGUGCAGGCUUCUCAGCGGGCGGCCCCGAGACUACAGGACCCCCGUCAUCGAGUUCCUCUGGCCCGCCGAGUGAGAGGGACAGUAGGCAGCUAAUGCCUCCACCCCUGUUGCCUGUAAAUGUAGUGAGACCGCAGCUGGAAGACAGAAGGGCACCGCAAGGCCCCGUGGUCGAGCCUGCGGGGAAGAGGAUGAAAACGGGAUUGGUGGCGUACGCGGGCGACUCGUCGGACGAAGAAGACGACCACUCGAGCAGCAAAGCUUCAGGGCCAGGUAACCCUGGAGCACCCCCUUCUACCUCCUUAGACUGGAUCCAGGGCUAUCGCUGCCCGCCUCCGCCACCCCCCCGGGCUAAAACGCAGCCCCAGCCGCAGUCUAUGCCCUUCUGGAUGGCGCCCUAACAACAAAAACCGGGACGUAGCAAAAGUCCGCCGUCACGUUUGCUUUAUUUUUGGUCCGAGUCAGCAAAGUCUUUAGUUAGUGCACAGGUGUAUAGUGGAAACAUGAACACUUUAAGAACACUUUGGAAGGUCACAGCAGCCACGCCACUCGGAUUGGACAGAACUGGGAAUACCAUGAAUAUAGUGUCUUUGUAAAAACAAUAAAAAUGUGGCCAUUGCAACAUC